GGACACUAGUGGUAUUCCUAUCGUCUCAAAUGUAGGCUACUAUAAUCGUUGAGCACAUUUCUUCCCCUACAAACUUUAUGGGCAACAGUUAACCUUUGCUACGGAUUAAAAAAAAAAAAAAAAAAGAAUAAGGAAACAUUUCAAUGAGAUGACGGUACUUAGUGUGUUUCGAGAGACGUUCUCCGUGUCGUGUCAGCGAAGGGGUUAAUGUGACGCAGCGUGCGGAGAAUACGGAGAGACAUCCGUGCCGCUGUUCGCCACCGGCAGUCGGUCAGCGGCAGCAAGUCGGUGGCGUACUUGAAACCGAGCGAGGGACUCACGGGCGGCUUUGGUGGAGCUCGGAUGUGGUUUCCGCUUGGGACUAUGUCGCCUUGAUCAAGUCCGCUGAAGUGAGCAGAAGAAGCGGCUCUGGGAGAUGAAUGUGCCCGGGGAGCAGCACCCUCAACGUCUCGAGCAACCCGCCAGCCUUUUGCUGCCCACGGCGUUGAAAUCUGGAAUCGCUUUGCUAUACAAUGAGGGGACCAAUAAUUCCUAUGACGUCUGCCUGAAACUAACCAAAGAGGUAUUAACCAUACAGAAGCUGGACGUGGUUUGCACAAGAGGAAGUGAAUCCCAAGUAAAUUACAGAAAUGUAGUACUCCGAAGACAAGAAACUGGCGGUCUGGGCUUGAGCAUCAAAGGGGGUGCCGAGAAUAAUGUGCCAGUGGUUAUUUCCAAGAUUUUUAAAGAUCAAGUUGCUGAUCAGACAGGGACGCUGUUCGUUGGUGAUGCUGUGUUGCAGGUUAAUGGCAUAAAUGUGGAGCAUUGUACUCAUGAGCAAGUUGUUCACCUCCUGCGCACCGCCGGAGAUGAAGUCAUCCUUACUGUGCGAUAUCUACGAGAAGUUCCAUCUUUUCUUAAACUGCCUCUUGGUUUUUCUGGGCCAUCUGUUGAUCACAGUGGUGAAUCCUCCUCCCUCUUCGACUGCGGCUCACAUUUAAAUGGUGGCACAGCUUCAUCACCUCCUUCACCCUCAGCUAAUGAACCAAAAUAUGAGAAGCGCUGGCUGGACGCCAUCUCCCUGCCCUUGUUGAUGGCCAGAGUCUCCAGAUACAAAUGCACGGAUAAAAUGAGGUCAAGCUGUUUUGAAGUCUUUGCCUUGAAUGGAGCCAGCCCCAAUAUUCUUCAAUUUUGCAGUGCAGCAGAAACCACAGACUGGCUCCAAGCAAUAUCGACAAGCAUCAGUGACUUGACCCUGGAGAAUAUUAAGCUGGCUAACAAAUACAGCUCUUCAGAUGAUCAGAUUGUUCACAUGGGCUGGGCUUGUAAAAGAUCAGAAGACGGGGCUGCUUCUCGAAAAACAACUUUCCAGUUCCUGGCCCUGAGAGGACAAUAUUUUCACAUCUUCAGACGUCCACCGCUCAGUGCCGCUGAAUGGGGUCAAGCAGAAACAACAUAUAACCUCUAUGAGGUGCUUUUCAAGGUUCACAAGCUGUGGGUGACAGAGGACUGCUGGCUUCAGGCAAAGUUCUACUUGGGUCUGGAGCAUUCAAUUAGGCAGCACGACAAUGAGUCUCUGUGCUUCAGCAUUCUCAUUGGCCAUGGACAGAGCCACACCUUCAGAGUAGAACUGGCCUCUGACCUGGCUGUCUGGGAGAAGUCCUUCCAAAGAGCUGUCUUCUUCGAAGUGCAGCGAAUACGAACAAAAAGCUACAUGUGCAGCAACCAUGGGAAUACACUGUGCUUCACCAUAGAUUUUGAUUCAGGCUUUACAUGUUUGGAUGGAUCCUCCAAUAUGCUACUAUGGCGAUAUAAAUUCUCUCAACUUAAAGGCUCUUCUGAUGAUGGAAAAACCAGGGUAAAACUUCUUUUCAAGAAUGCUGAAAGCAAGCAAAUAGACAUGAAGGAACUAGAGUUCGCUAAUCUAACUGCGGUCCUGCACUGUAUACACUCUUUUAUUGCUGCCAAAGUGGCCUCCGUGGACCCUCUCUUUACAUCCAAUCAAUGCAUGGGUGGAAAUUACAUGAACAUAUAAAAGGACAUGGCUGAAUCAUGGUACUUUGUAGACAAUGUCAGUGCAUAUACUGUAAGUACAUCAUUCCUAAUUGCUAUUUUAUUUCUAUACACUGGGAAAAGAAGAUGCAGGUUUCAAAACAUUUUAUUUUGUUCACAAUUGUGUGUGUCUGUUCCUUUAUUUAUUUGUGCAUGUUAUGGACACAAAUCUGACUGGAGCCACAACCAUAAUGCCAUAUAAUGUGUAAUUGAAAAAAAAAGAAAACUCGCCGAUGAGAAAAUUUUCUUUAUUGGCUGUGUUUAAGUUUGGAUGUUGCUUUGUUUUUGUAUCAAAUAAAGCCAUUGGAUUUGA